AUGCUGUCCACGCCAGCCGGAAAGUCGGCCCUGCGCGCCACAGCGACAAAGGCCAAUGUCUCCAAGACUACCGUCCGCACCCUCUCCGCCACCGCCGCCUCCAAUGAUACCCAGAAGCGUGGCAUGGCCACUGUCCAGGACGCCCCGCCAGUUCAUCGUCAUGGAGGCCUCAAGGAUCAGGACCGAAUUUUCACCAACUUGUAUGGCCACCAUGGCGCCGACAUCAAGAGCGCGAUGAAGCACGGAGAUUGGUACAAGACCAAGGAAAUCCUCGGCAAGGGCUACGAUUGGAUCAUCUCUGAGAUCAAAGCAUCUGGACUGCGUGGACGUGGUGGUGCUGGCUUCCCAUCUGGCAUGAAGUGGAGCUUCAUGAACCCCAAGGGCUGGGAGGACGACACCAAGCCACGAUACCUUGUUGUCAACGCUGAUGAGGGCGAGCCCGGCACAUGCAAGGACCGUGAGAUUAUGCGGAAGGACCCCCACAAGCUGGUCGAGGGAUGUCUGGUGGCGGGACGUGCAAUGAACUGCACUGCUGCUUAUAUCUACAUUCGCGGAGAGUUCUACCACGAGGCCACCGUCUUGCAGCGUGCAAUUCAGGAGGCUUACCAGGCUGGCUUCCUCGGUAAGAACGCAUGUGGUUCAGGAUACGAUUUCGAUGUCUUCCUCCACCGCGGUAUGGGUGCGUAUGUCUGCGGUGAGGAGACUUCUCUCAUCGAGUCGCUCGAGGGCAAGCCCGGAAAGCCGCGUCUGAAGCCUCCAUUCCCUGCUGCUGUUGGUCUUUUCGGCUGCCCAAGCACAGUCGCCAACGUCGAGACCAUCGCUGUCGCGCCCACCAUUAUCCGUCGUGGAGCCAGCUGGUUUAGCCAAUUCGGACGUGAGAGAAAUGCAGGUACAAAGCUUUUCUGUAUCUCUGGCCACGUCAACAACCCUUGUACCGUCGAGGAGGAGAUGUCCAUCCCUCUCCGCGAGCUCAUUGACAAGCACUGUGGUGGAGUGCGUGGGGGCUGGGAUAACCUGAAGGCUGUCAUUCCCGGCGGUUCUUCAACUCCCAUUCUUCCCAAACACAUCUGCGAUGACCAGAUCAUGGAUUUUGAUGGUCUCAAGGACAAUCAGUCUGGUCUUGGAACUGCUGCUGUCAUCGUCAUGGAUCAAUCUACCGAUGUUGUCCGUGCGAUUGCAAGACUAAGCAAGUUUUACCACCACGAGAGUUGCGGGCAGUGCACACCGUGCCGAGAGGGCUCAAAGUGGACUGAGCAGAUCAUGAACCGCUUCGAAAAGGGAACCGCACGUGCACGAGAGAUCGACAUGAUGCAGGAGUUGACGAAGCAGGUUGAGGGUCACACCAUUUGUGCUUUGGGCGAGGCUUUUGCUUGGCCUAUACAGGGUCUCAUCAGACAUUUCCGACCGGAGCUAGAGGCAAGGAUACAGAGUAACACACAGAAGAGCGGAGGAGAGGCGCUCGCUGGAGGCUGGGCACAUGAUCUUGCAAAGCGCGGUGGUUUGGUCUCCCCAGGGCAGUAA